AGUAGUAUGUUUAAAGAUUAGAUUGCGCGGGUUUUGAAUUUCUUUCAGUUUGCUAAAGUAAACUGCAUUUGUAUCAAGUUUAGAUAGCGCGCUUGCUUCUGCUUGCUUCUACGCAUUUGAAACCUUAAUAACAAUUCUAUCCUCUUGCCAUGCCAAGACGGGUUAUUUAAAAAAAUUAUUUGCUUAUUGAAUUCAAAAGAUUGUCGUCAUUUUACAUUAAUUGACUUGAAUGACAUCAGAAGUUCCAUUUGUUUAAAAACAAAAAACAUCUAGGUGUGCCAUUUCUAUUCUACUACAGAAUUUACACGCUUCACUUAACUCUAGUCCAAAUUUUCGGCUGUUCGUAUAAAUGUACUAGAUACUUAUUUGCAUGUCAUAUGUAUGCAUAUUUGAAACCAUCUGUCGCUGGGUUUUGCUUUAAAAGCACGUUGAGACCCAUUUCGAACUGCACGAAUGGCUUAAGUUCAUGAAAAUCGCAUAGAACGGCGAUGUGUCCGCUCUUUUGUAAAUAUAUAUUCCACAAGCACAUUUAAACUCACAAUUUUACAUCCCCGUCUCUUAUUCCUCUCUUGUAAAUAUAUCUUUCACAAACUCUCUCUAACUCUCUUCUACUUAAACUCACUCGUAUGUCGCUCUAACACUCUCUUUCACAGAAUUUCGCACGUUGUCUUCUCUUACAUUUGCACUCUUUCGUUGUUCACUUAUCAAUAUCUCAUAAGGUGCGAUAUAAACCCGCGUAUGUCGCUGGGUUUUGCUUUAAAAGCACGUAGAGACCCAUUUCGAACUGCACGAAUGGCUUAAGUUCAUGAAAAUCGCAUAGAACGGCGAUGUGUCCGCUCUUUUGUAAAGAUACAUUCCACAAGCACAAACUCUCUUUUACUCUCUCCUACUUAAACUCACUCGUAUGUCGCUCUAACACUCUCUUUCACAGAAUUUCGCACGUUGUCUUCUCUUACAUUUGCACUUUUUCGUUGUUCACUUAUCAAUAUCUCAUAAGGUGCGAUAUAAGCCCGCCUAUGAUCGAGUACAGAGCUUAGUAAUCGGUAUCUUUUCGUCGAGCAGCUAUAAUAUUAUACGAUUUAUUAUAAGACUUAUCAAAUAUGUUUGUUUGUAUGUACAAGCCAUGUUGAUAAACUAGCAGUUAAUAAUAGGUGCUUGAGGCAGCAUUAAAACAAUUCAAACCUGUUUAAAUUGACCUCCAGACUAGAGAUGGUUGCGUGAUUUAAAAGUGAAUGCAAAUGUGUAAGCCCUAAAGGGCUAGAAAAUAUUUGAAAUUGUGUUUAGGGCGCAGAGCCGUAAAGUGUAGGAACUUGUAUUGUGGCAAUAGAACAUAAGAUAUCAUGAAUUGCAUGGAAUCGGCCGAAAUAUGUUUGUUUCGUGUUGAUUUAGACCGUCACGGCUUGACCGACCACCUCUACUGCACGCCGUGGAAUACAGGUGUUGUGACUUAUCCAGCUGGUUGCUCAGUUAAAUCGUGCUUGAAAGCUGGCCGGAUAACUGUCGCUCAUAGUAGUAAAAAUAGUUAAAAUGGAUAAGUUCGCCCUGGGCAUGUGGAUGUGCCUGCUGGUGCUAUCGCCCAUAUUGGCGAUACGUCUGACGCCUUGCGAUUUGGCCGGACAGCUUUAUAUAUUGGACGUGCCCAAGACGGAACUUGGCCAAUGGCUGUGCAUAGCCGAGUUCGAGAGUCGCUUCAACACACACGUUGUCGGACAGGGCAACUCGGAUGGCUCGAGGGACUAUGGUCUCUUUCAGAUCAGCGAUCGCUUCUGGUGUGCGCCCCCAAAGGCAACGCCCUACCACGCCUUCAAUGGCUGCAAUGUGAACUGCACAGAGCUCUUGAGCGAUAAUAUCACAACGGCUGUGCACUGUGCCCGGCUUAUCAAGAAGCAGCAGGGUUGGACGGCCUGGUCUGUCUACGAGGAGUUCUGCAAUGGAACCCUCUCGGACGCCGAAAACUGUUUCCAACCGGAAACCACAGAAACGACUCUGACGCCUGAUCCGGAAAUAGAAAUCACGACUGUCGUAACGGAAAUGGAUUAAGCACCUAUUUCGUGUCGAUUGAUCACUGCCAAUAGACAACAUUUAUUGUAAAGUUCUAGACGAUAUAUAUUAAAGUACUAGCUGGUGUUACCCGGCGUUGCCCGAGCCAAUUGUUUUUCUAACAAUCAUCACGACGCUUUCACUUGUUAACCGAUCCAGUCGGUUUUUUGAUAUUCGUAUUGAAUUCAUUUGAUUGAAUAAAGUUGAAUUUAUUUUUAUUCCUCUUGUAAUACCUCCUGCUACGUGUUUUCUAGUUCUAAUUUGGUUUGAU